GUCCCGCGCUGCGCCCCGAACCAUGGACGUGCUGGCCUGGCUGCUACCUCCGCUGCUGCUGCUCUGCACACAGCGUCCCCGCGGCGCCAGAGCAAUGAAUGACAUUGGUGACUAUGUGGGUUCCAACCUGGAGAUAUCCUGGCUUCCUAACCUGGACGGCUUGAUGGCUGGCUAUGCCCGCAACUUCCGGCCUGGCAUUGGAGGCCCCCCUGUGAACGUGGCCCUGGCCCUUGAGGUGGCCAGCAUUGACCACAUCUCGGAAGCAAACAUGGAGUAUACCAUGACAGUGUUUCUGCACCAGAGCUGGCGUGAUAGCAGGCUGUCCUACAACCACACCAACGAGACCCUGGGCCUGGACAGCCGCUUUGUGGAUAAGCUGUGGCUCCCUGACACCUUCAUUGUCAAUGCCAAGUCUGCCUGGUUCCAUGAUGUGACUGUGGAGAACAAGCUCAUCCGGCUACAGCCUGACGGGGUGAUCUUAUACAGCAUCCGAAUCACCUCCACAGUGGCCUGCGACAUGGACCUGGCCAAGUACCCCAUGGAUAAGCAGGAGUGUGUGCUGGACCUGGAGAGCUAUGGCUAUUCCUCUGAAGACGUCGUCUACUACUGGUCAGACAGCCAGGAGCAUAUCCAUGGGCUGGACAAGCUGCAGCUGGCGCAAUUCACCAUCACCAGCUACCGCUUCACCACGGAGCUGAUGAAUUUCAAGUCAGCCGGCCAGUUUCCUCGGCUCAGCCUACACUUCCACCUGCGGAGAAACCGGGGCGUCUAUAUCAUCCAGUCCUACAUGCCCUCCAUCCUGCUGGUUGCCAUGUCCUGGGUCUCCUUCUGGAUCAGUCAGGCUGCAGUGCCCGCCAGGGUGUCUCUGGGUAUCACCACAGUGCUGACAAUGACCACACUCAUGGUCAGUGCCCGCUCCUCCCUGCCGCGGGCAUCGGCCAUCAAGGCACUGGAUGUGUACUUCUGGAUCUGCUACGUCUUCGUUUUUGCAGCCCUGGUGGAGUAUGCCUUUGCCCACUUCAAUGCAGAUUACAGGAAGAAGCAAAAGGCCAAAGUCAAGGUCACAAAGCCGAGGGCAGAGAUGGACGUGAGGAAUGCCAUCGUUCUCUUCUCCCUCUCUGCUGCCGGCGUCACCCAGGAACUGGCUGUCUCCCGCCGGCAGUGCCGCGUGCCCGGGAACCUCAUGGGCUCCUACAGGUCGGUAGAAGUAGAGACCGGGGAGACCAGGGAAGGGCAGCCCCGUCCAGGGGGCCAAGGCGGCAUCCGCGCACGGUUCAAGCCCAUCGACGCGGACACCAUCGACAUCUAUGCCCGAGUUGUGUUCCCUGCGGCGUUUGUGGCCGUCAACGUCAUCUACUGGGCGGCGUACACCAUGUGAAGCCCCUCAUCUCCUGGGCCAUCCUGCUGCCCAAGUGGCUGCCAGGAACUCCUGGGAGGAAGGGCCCAGAGCUCUGUCUGCCUGAUGCGUGUUUCAAGGUGGGAUGACAACUGACCCCUGAAACAAGAAGCCUUAGUCCGAGCUUGGACGCACCUUGCUGGAAGGCCUGCUAGUGCUCUGCUGUGGGCAAGACCGGGCAGCCGGCAGAGCGGCACAGCCAGGCUUGGUGCUGGGCCCUGCAGGAGCUGUGAAUUUUUAGACUCAGACAGUGACCCUGAUUUCUAGGUCUUGCUCUGUGUGAUGGGAUCAAGGGCAGGAAGUGGGAGUGGACAUUUGUCCUGGUGGAAGGGUAGAGAAGGCUGGGGGGCUCUUUGGCCCCAGCAUGAAAUAAAAAAGCCCUGGCCUUGUGGCCAGUUACAUUCUCUGUUGCUACAGCUGCAA